CAGGGACCAUUUUGAUCCAUGUUUCUGAGGCACGUUGGGCGGUCCAAGGCGACCGCGGCGGCGGCGGCGGCGUCUCUAGGUCUUCUCUGUGGGGUAGCGACCUCCGCACCUGCCUCGUACAACAAGGAUUCCUUGACGACGAAGCGAUGGCACUUUUACAAGGGCAAGAUGCAUCCCAACGUCGGCAAGACCGUCAAGUUGUUCAAAUGCGACGACACACCGAUUGCCGACGAAAUUGCGUCCUACCUUGGCAUUCAGCUCAGCGAUAUGACUGUGUCUCGGUUCGCCGACGGGGAAACGUCCAUUCAUGUUAACGAAAACGUACGCGGUCAGCGGGUGUACAUCGUGAGCUCGACGAUCACAGUGGACCGGAUCAUGGAACUCCUGCUCAGCAUUGCCGCGAUGCGCCGUGCGUCGGCCAAAUCCAUUGUCGCCGUCAUUCCCUUCUACGGGUACGCUCGACAAGACAUGGUGUCGAAGGGCCGGGGGCCGAUCUCGGCCGCCGACGUCGCCCGCAUGCUCGAAGAAAUGGGAGUCGACCACGUUGUCACUGUCGAUCUACACAGCUCGCAGAUCGAAGGGUUCUUCAAGCCCGAGAUUCCUGUGGAUAACCUGAACGCGGCCCCAGUCGGGUCGGUCUUUUUCAGUGAGCAGGGCAUCAAACACCCGUGCGUGGUUGCCCCGCAUGCGUCGGCAGUCCGUCGAUCCCUUCUCUUCCGCGAUACGUUGCAGCGCACCUACGACACGCCGCUGCCGAUGGCCAUCGUCGUGAAGAAGCAUAUCUUGGACCGGUCGACUCCUGGGGAAUUGGUCGGUGAAGUCGAAGGCAAGGACUGCAUUGUAGUCGACAAUCUCGUGGACACGGGGUCGACAUUGAUUGAAGUGGCCAAGCUAUUGAAGAGCCAUGGAGCGGCGACUGUGAGCGCCUUUUGCGUCCACGGCCGCUUUUCUGCGAAUGCGAUCACCACGUUGAACGAAUGCAAGGACCUCGACUUAGUCGUGACCACCAACACGAUUGCAUGCUCAUCGACCGUCGAAGCGGAGAAAUCGUCCAAGAUCGUCACGCUCAGCGUCGCGCCGUUCCUCGCCGAAGCCAUCUCGUGCAUCCACAUGAAGGGCUCGAUGUCCCAAAAGUUUGCCCUGUCCGCGUCGUAGUUGUAUAAUGACCAAUCUGCUUGCGAUCCCGAUGUUUUGAUUGGCUGAAUAUGAUUUAUUUUAAGCCACAUUUAUCUCGAAUUUUUGAUCUUAG